ACAGUUGUCAAAUGUCAAAUUGUAUUUGUAAUUCCAACCUUAAAAUGUGGCGGUAAAUAUCUACAAAUAGAAGUUACAGACGACGCCUUUACUUUUUAAGUUUUAUGUGAAUUAUGGCGACAAGUAAUACAAGCUACUGGAAGCGGUUAUGGCGUUGGACCACAUCCCAAUAUCUUACAAACGACGAAAUAGACAAAAUAUACACAAAAGAAGUUGUUGAAGGACUUAAGAAUGGCCUGACUAGCUAUAAACCAAAAGAAGCAGAUGGAUUUGCACGUCUCCAAUCGCAGCAUCCGGACCAAACAAAACUACUCAGUGUUGCACAAACUUUACAAAACUAUAUGGAUGUAGACUGUUUCCAAAUAUGGGAAAUAAUAAAGCACUACUUAUGUGAUAUUUCCUAUGGGACACCGGAAAAUGCUUUAAAAAAUGUAGCAUUUGUUGACACCAGACCAACAUUUCUCUCACCGAAGGUCUGGGAAUUUUAUUAUGCAGAGAGAUUGUAUCUACUGAAAUUAUUACAAUACAUAAUUCAAUUUAGAUCAGAUAAGAAUCAUAAAUACAAUGAGCAGUUUACAAAAAUUAUCAACGAUAUUGGUAUACAGAAUUUAAAAUCUUCAUUAAUCAAGCAAUUUGAAAAAGUAUUACUAGAGGUUCCACCAUCGAGAAAAAUCCAAGGUGAAUUUGGUAGUGAUACUAUUCGACAAGAAUGGGCAGAAUCAAACAUCAGAGAACAACUUGCUAUCUUACAAUCAUUAUUGUUAAUUGGAAAUGAAGAAGUAUAUUCAGAGGUUCAGUUUAUUGAUAUGUUAAAGUUGUUCAGAAGACAUAAUUUUGGUAAGAAUCAAAAUUAUCAUGAGUUACUGGAAGGAAGGUGUAGAGAAGCUUGCCUUAGAAUAACAUAUAUGGAAGCUUGUAUAUUUAUGAUAAUAUGUGAUCAUGAAAAGAUAAAAAAUGUAUCUAGCUGGCUAGAAAGUACAAAAAGUGCUGUCGAAUGUGAGCUGACCAAACUUGAACUGUCUCAAGAACAUAGUGUUAUGCUCCUUACAUGGAUGAUGUUGACUCUGAAGAGUGACAAUCAUGCCAAAUUAUUUGAGACUCAAUACCAACACUAUGGUGCAACAGCACUCAGAAUGAGGGUAUUUGAGUUUUUACUUCAGAUGUUGAAUAGUUCUGUUUUCACUGAUAAAUCAAAAUGUGCUGAAAUAGCUAGAAGCCGUGUAUUUAGACUAUUAAACAAUCUUUGUGAUAAAUUUGAUGGUGAUGGUACAUUAAGUAUGCAGCCUGGUGUUAUGCAGCUGUGUUCAGAACUAUUAAAAUCAUCAGAUAUUGCUGAAGAGUUUUGGGAGCUGCGUCAGAAAGACGAAGACUUUGGUAUUGUGUCACUGUGGAAUACAGCUUUGGAAUAUUUCCCGUUUAAUUUCAGUGCAUUGUCAAUUUUAUCUGAUGGAUUGGCUCAAGCUGGUAACACAAGUGUUAGAAAUUUGUUAGCAGAACUCAAGAACCUGCCAGUAUAUACUGAGAUUUAUAAUCCAAAUGCAGUACCUAUUAUGUCAUUCCAAGACGAUGAUGCAAUUAUUGGCCGUGAAUAUUACCCUCUCGGAGACCCUUCUUACCGUAUUGAGAUGGGAUCAAAAGCAUGUGUAAUGGAGAGGAAAGAGGGCACUAUGAUACAUUUUAGGACCCCAUGCUCAUAUUGGAUAGUAUUUAAUAAUGAAAUUGAAAAAGUAUUGGAUCGUAAACAACACCAUCAACAUAAUAGUAAUGUAUCUUUGGAGAGAGUGUACGAAGGUACAAAAGUAUUGAAAGGUGUAUUGAAAUAUAUUGUAGAAACGAAUGAGAUCCCAAAGAUUCUCGUAAGUUCUAUUGAAGGUGUGUUUGAUGUUUUGCUGAGGUUCAUGAGAGCUGAACAACCACCUCUGCCACUGUUGGUUGAAUGUCUCAAUGUGUGUACUGUAUUAAUUAAACUGUUUCCUAAAGAUAUACAUAAAAGGUUAAUAAACACUGGCUUACUCCCAAGAGUCAUAAAUCAUCAGUUAUCUCAUGUAGAGUAUGCUAAUGGUGCAUCUUUAGAUUCGGCAGCUGUUGGUUCAUAUUUGGUGAUAUUAGAACAACCAAGUGGCUCAUAUAAAUUCUUAGCGGCCUAUAUUGACAUGCUCAGUGAAUUCCUUGAGUUCUCAAUGGACGAGCGUAUAACAUCAGAGAUAAUUCUGGCUGGACUGAUGCUGAUCCUGCGCGAGGUGUUCCCCAACAUCUGCGGCUGGCGCUACAGCUGUGGGGCGGAGCGCCGCACUCUGCUGCAGCGGUGCACCAACUUCCUCACAUCCAUACUGGAAAUAUCCAAAACUAACAAAACAAUGGCACUUGUGAAGAAAACUUGUAUUUAUAGCUUUCUGUACAUGGAAAAUGCAUUGGAAGUGUUGAAGAUUAUUUCAGUUGGCAAUGAACAACUAGAACGAAGUCUACGAGACGAUACAAAUUGGAUCUCAGGCACGGGGUCACAGUACAUGUCCUCAAUGCUGAAGUGCUUUGCUAUCGUGAUGUUCUCUCUGCGUCUGAAGAGCAGCGUUGUGGAGGCAGGCGAGGUCACACCUCUGGAGAAGCUCAUCUUCGCACAGAACAAACAGAAAGACAAGCUGAAAGUGGUGCCGAGGAUAGCGAGCUAUAUCAACCAUGCAUUCAAUAAGAGUCUCUCGGUACUGAGUUGUAGGAUGUUGAAGAAAUUUGCAGAUGGAUUCCAAAUGUCUUUAUUCGCUUCCUUAGAUAUGACAGCUUAUCAAGUACGAGUCAUUUUCUUGGACCGUCUUCGUGACCCUUAUGAAACUCUCGAACUGAAAAAGGCCAUAUUGGAGUUUGUGGCCACUUGCAUUGGCACACAGCCGGGCCUCACCGAGGCAUUCUUCAUGAUGAACCAUGAGAAGGCAAAGGCAGAUGAGAAGAAUAAAGAAAAAAAUGGCGAAGAAAAUAACGAGGAAGACGAUAGUUUUGAAGGAAUGUUAGGAUUUAUGGCUGAUUAUCUUCUAACUGUAAAAACGGAUGCAAAGUUAUUGCACAGCCCAAUAUUAGCCUGCAUAUUGGAACUUUUCCAUGCACUAUGGAAGAACAAUAUGCAAAUACUCGUGAAAAAGUUACGGGAAAAUCCUAAUUUCUGGGAAUAUAUGACAAGUCCUUUAUUCAGUGAAAUACAACCCGGUCUAAAAACAUACAGUCAAAUAUUUAACAUCCUCGGGAUAGAGCUGUUCGUUUCGAGAGGAAAACUUGAGCCUAAUUUAAAAGCGAUGCUCGAACAAUUCUUCGAUACUAACAAAGAUCAUUUAGAUAAAUGGAUAGAUUUUAUUUUUUCCUUCUACGGUAGAGUCGAGGACGAUGAGAUCGUAGACCAAGUUCCGGUUUGGUUGAGUCUAUUAACUUCCUGGAAGGACUUCAUGACCAUCAUAUGCAAAUGUCUUCCGAUAAGCCUGAAUAUAGCUCACAAAGCGAAAAUGGUCGCGCCCUGCAUGAACGCCUUACUAACAGAAUUGGAAGACCUAAAAGACGGUCGUCUCGUCGUGAUCCUAGCGGAGCUUCACGUCAUACUAUUGGCCAACUGGAAAGACGAUUGUUUCGAUAAUCGAAAAUCUAGUGCGAAACAAAUCGAUAAUCUCCUUUCUAACACUGCGGCCGUUUACGAAUGUCUGCAUCUACGUGCAAUACGCGCCAUACUAUCGAUAGGCACCGUCGCCAUUAGCAGCUUGGAUUACGAGAUUAAAGCUAACAGUGUGACAGCUCAAAACAUUAUAAGAUCUGUGACGCAUAUAAACAGCAUCGAAUUGGAGAAAUUGAUCGAUAACGUGAGCGAUAAAACUGGACCGGUUCACAAUGCAAAUGGCAAGGAGGAAGUGCCGCCGGUGGUUCUAUCUCUGGCGAUGUUGGAGCAAUGUUUGGACUUGUACGAUUUGUACUCGGGCCUGUCGCAGUGGUUCCAGUCGACAAAGUUUAUCAACAAACUGCUGUGCUGUUUGCAGUCCUGUUUACAGAAUCGUCGACAUUAUUUCACAUCACUGGCGGCGCUGCGAUGUCUGACCGCGUACGCCCGCGGACCUUUCAACAAGGACCUGCUCAUGAGCGACGUCGAUCAGUUCCUUUGGCUCCAACUCUUGCCGCCCAAGUUUGAGAACGGAAACACUUCGUCAUGGAAACCGCAGGAAUGGUGGAGAGUGUACGCUUACAGCCUCGAUUUCAUCUCUAUGAUGGUGAUGAAGCACGGCCAGUUCUUCGUUAGCGAUGCGAUAACAUUCGUCGGUGUACAUUUGGAGCACUUGGUGGAGGCUGUGUUACUGCCGCGGCACGUGUACAACAUCGACGCGCUCAAUCUUUGCGCCUCCACUCUGAAUCUAGUAGUGCAGUUGGUUAAAUAUGAAUCGACUUGGCGUCUACAGAAUAUUAAUUCAUUGAUCGGGAUUAUGCGCAGUAUCAGUGCAUGCGUGUACCAGUGUGUGACACUGAUGCUGCGGUCGAGGCGCGCCUCCGACACCGCGCAGCCGCCGGACGAGCUGACACUCAGUGUUGCCAACACCGCGCACACGCAGCCCGUCUUGCACAGAACCCUCGAAAUCCUGCACAUGGCGACCCUGUGUCUCCUGGCCUUCAGUCCGGACCUGCUGUCACUUUUAGCAGACCCUGGGCUCGAUCUGGAACGUUGGCAGCCCCUGGUCGAGUUGCACUUCGGCGCGCCCAAGAUUUCAUACGAUCCCUUCCCGCAGCUGACAUUCGGGACCAUUCUAUCUGCGAUAUGUUUACUAACGCGCUCAUUGAAUCAUGCGUACCACGGGGAUGAGGUCAGCGGAUCCCGGUCGCCGCGCGGGCGAAGGCGCGCCUGCUCGUGCAGCCCGGGGGAGCGCCGCACCGCGCGCGCCGACUCCGUGACGUCAGCCUCCUCCGCCACCAGCGCACCCCCACAUCUCGACGAGCGCCUCGCCGCCGCCGCGCUGGAGGCCGCCACCGCCCUGCUCGCCUCACAGGCUUUAUUAGCAGUACGUGAUAGUAGCGUUCCAUCUCGCCACAAACAAUUAGUGCGGCGCGAAUUGGCAUCCGAAUUGACGAUGUUCCACGAUUUUGUACGCAAGCGCAUAUUGUGCGCUGCGCACACGCGGCCGCACCUCGUACGUAAUAAGCUGGGCACAUGGCCGCUGCCGCCCGACGAAGAAGAAGUCAGGAGAAUCGAGGAAGCGAGGAAGGAAAGAAAUCUGUGUGACGAAGAUGAUAGAUCCCUGCCCCCGCCGCCCCCGCCCAAGCGCGUCUCGCACGACUCUAUGCGAGAAUACAUUUUACGGAAACAUUACUUAGACAAAUGCGCCAGAACUCCAACAAAGGAACCUCCUUCCCCCGUCUCGCAUUCUACUCCUACGUCAGACAAAAAGAAGGAUAAUUCCCGAACUUCUAAGCGCGUCUCCUGGGCGGACUCGACCAGAGAUAGCGCGGAGAGUCUGGAUGAUUCAUUGCAGGAAGCGGAACAAAUGUAUUCCAAUUUAACUGAUGUUCAGAUAAACAACGAGGAGGAUUAUUUUCAUUUUAUGUCAGUUGUUUUUCUUUAUAUAUGUCAAACUGAUUUGUAAGGAUAAUAAACAUUUUGA